UUUUUAUUUUUUAUAAUAAGGUUGACUUAGCACUAGAAAACGAAGGUUGUGCAUACGUGUCAUAUAACUUGACUAAAAAACUUUAGUUAUUUCCGACGCGCUGUAAUCGAGAACUGUGUUUUUCUCUCCCAACCAAGAUAAGUGUGUGCUUUCUUCGUGUGUUGUAGUGUGUGUGUGUGAGAGAGAGAGAGAGAGAGAGAGAGAGAGAGGUUGUGUUUGGAGUCACAUAAUAAUUAUGACCCAAGAAUUCGACUUUUGAGAUUGACAUACUUCUCAAACACGGCAAGAAUACUUCACCAUUAUCGUUACCAGCUACAAAGUUGGAGAGUAGAGAAACAAGAGAGAGAAAGUAGAGAGAGAAAGAAGAGAGAGAGAGAGAGAGAGGGUGUAAAAUACCAGGAAUUUGAGGAACUUUGAAUUUGGCGUUAAAGCAAAACAAUUUUCCAGCCACGAGUUUCAUUAACCCCAUUUUCUAUAACCUUGACUCUCAAAUUUUCUUGCUUUUUCGUAAGCACUUUCUCUCUCUACAAUUAUAAUUUCAAUUCUUGUGUAUGUGGUCGGAGAGAAGAGGGUUUACGAAGUGCCCUAAUUGUUGAUGAUAUUUACUGGUAUUAUACUGCAUUAAAUUAAGAAUUCGGUGAUUUGGGCAGGGGUAUCGGAGUUCUAAGUUGCCGUUAACCGGUGAACCAUGGCUACUCAAACGAGCACCAAAAUUCGAUUAGUUAGAUGCCCUAAGUGUCGACAAAUUCUACCCGAGUUGCCCGGUGUUUCUCUGUAUAAAUGUGGAGUAUGUGACACUAUUCUUCAAGCUAAAAUUCGGAAUCUUGAGACCAAUGGCACCGAAUCAUCCUCAAACCAAACAAGCUCUGCUUCAACAAUAAUCCAGCAAGAUUGCGUCUCGGAGGAAAAUAAUGAAGCCAGCAGCUCAAAACACGAUUCCACUAAGUCCGGUUCUUCGCUCGAUAAUGAAGACAACGUAAGAUGUCAAGAUUCUCUGCAAGAAGGUGACAGUUUUGCUGGCACGGUCAAGAAUUUGCCCGAUCUCGAGUCUCCGCCGCAAAAUGACGAAAAGGGCCCGAUUUGUUUCGCAGAUCAAAAUGUGGGCUUUCACAAAAAUGACGAUGCAUCGCAAGGUCUCAAAGUAGAUGGUGCCGCCACUAAUAACGGCCUUCCUGCUUUUAGAAACUCGAGGAGAGAGAAAAACACGAGCGCAAGUGCGGAUGGUUCCAUUGUGUCGUUUUACCUCUCGUCCCCCGAACAUUUUCCGGCCCGUAAUUUUGGAAGAAUUAGCUCUUUAGAUACACUCGAAAGUUCGCCUCCUGCCGCCUAUAAUAAACACGAAUCAAGGGGCAACAAUAACUUCUAUGCUUAUUAUGAUGGUAGUGAAUCUUCUUACGAUGGAACCGACUUCGAACGUGCCUCGCAUUUCUCGAGAAAGAACAAGGAUAUGGGCCCCGCAGAGACGAAUUAUUGGAGCACUAUGAAUCCCUCGAGUCAUCGUCCAAUAAAAAGCAGCCCGUGGGCCCCCCGAGCUACCAAAUCUAGUGAAAUUAAUACCCGUGCCAAAUAUCGGGGCAAUUUGCUUCCGCCACGUCCAGGUUUCAACUCAUCCUCGGAGCCGGAUAAAUCCGAGCUGUUGAGAACAGUGAACGAGCUGAAAGAUCAGCUCAAUCGGAUGAAUUUCCCCGAAAUUUCGUCACCCAAUAGAAUGCCGCCAUCUGGCAACAUAUACAACCCACGAUGCAACAUACCUAGGCUGGCUUUCUCGGGCGACGCCGCUUCUCAUUACAUGCAUCGAGAUAUCUGCUCCUGCCCGCACUGCUCUCCCCAAAACUAUCACUACUCGGCUCAGUUCCCAACGAACUACAGCUGUGGGGCCCACACGAGCCCACAUCGUUAUCGCACAAGCUCUGAAUUCUCGUUACGGAAAUCUAACGAUAUGAAACGAUCACAUCCAGCAAAGAGGCAUCUACGGCCAUUAGCAGGUGGGGCCCCGUUCGUGGCUUGCUAUCGUUGCUCGGAGCUAUUGCUGCUUCCAGCGGACUUUAUCCUCUUCGAGAAACGAUACCAUCGGCUGAAGUGCAACGCGUGUAAAAAGGUUCUGAAGUAUUCGCUUCUGGAAGGAACUCGUUUAGUUCCGUACCUUCCGGAAGCUUCCGCCCCUCCGCCCAGUGCUACGAGCCGGAGGAAUACUCCGGGACCACCACCACCACGACCGCUGUCUCACUGUAGCUCCUGCGGAAACGUGGACGCUGUAUCGUAUUCGGAUGAUUACGGGAGAUCGUUGUGCAAGAGUUGCUCUACGGGAGGGGAGGCUGAGGUUAGAUUACCACCCUCGUUUGACGAAGAAGCCGAGCGGAAGUCUUACUAUUACAACAUAAAGAUGAAAUCUACGUUGAAGAGCAAAGCAACCUCGGAAAUCGAAGAGAUUCCAGAAUCAUCGAAUUCUCCACUUCAUCGGCUAAUGGGAUAUUCGUCGCCUAGCCAAGUGUUGAACAAGUGAUCAUUGAUUAUUCUCGAUUCGGAGUUAUUUUUUAUUUUUUUUCGUUUUUAUAUUCGUCACCUAUAUGUUUGUUUUGACAGAUGAAAUAGGAGUGUGAGAUAUAGAGGUCAUGUUACAGGUAUAGUUGUAAUGUUGCAUACAGUGUGACUAUAGUCUAUACAUACAUAUACUUUGUAUUUAUUUAUUUAUUUGUACUCUCAUGAGAAAUAUAUAUUAUUUUUUACUU